UGUCUGGCCACCUCGAGGCAUUCGAUCCCCAAGUCUUCAAUCGAAUAAGCCAUGCGGUUGCGUCCCCAACUCCUAGUGCUCUUCACCGUGGGCUGCGCCCUAGCAGCGCCCCGCGCAUCCAAAUUAAAAUCCACAGUUAAGCAUGUGGAACCAUCACCGUCAGCAGCAGUGAAGGCACCAGUGCCAGCGGUUGAUGCUGAAAAAUCAGACGUUAAAAAAGGAAAUCGAGCGAAAAAACAGACGACGACAUUCUGCGUGGAGGUAAAACCUGGACAGAAUGUUAAAACGGAUUGUCCUCCAGGGAAUCAAUCGCCAUCUGGAUCUCCUGGAUCUUCAGGGUCACCAGGGAUUUCAGGGUUUCCAGGAAUUUCUGGAUCUUCAGGGUCACCAGGGUCUCCAGGAUCUCCAGGUCUUCCUGGAUUGUCAUUCAACUCAGGAUCUGGGACAUUUACAAUCUUCUCACCGGGUCUCAGCGGUUCAACAGGUCAACCGGGAGUUGGACAGCCAGGAGUUGCUCAACCAGGAGUUGGACAGCCAGGGGGUGGACAGCCUGGAAUUGGACAGCCUGGAAUUGGACAACCAGGAAUUGGACAGCCAGGGAGUGGACAGCCAGGAAUUGGACAACCAGGAGUUGGACAGCCAGGGAAUGGACAGCUAGAAAUCGGGCAACCAGGAGUCGGACAGCCAGGGGAUGGACAACCAGGAAUUGAACAACCAGGGAGUGGACAGCCAGGAGCUGGAUCUCCAGGUUCUCCUGGAAUGGGAUUCACCUCAGGACCUGGGACAUUUAUGAUCCCACCGAAUUUCAGUGGCUCAAUAGGUCAACCUGGAGUUGGACAGCCAGGAGUUGGAGUACCAGGUUUCCCUGGAUUGGUAUUCAACCCGGCAUCUGGGACAUUUACGAUCGUCCCACCGAAUUUCAGUGGUUCAAUAGGUAAACCAGGAGUUGGACAGCCAGGAGUUGGACAGCCAGGAGUUGGAUCACCAGGUUCUCCUGAAUUGGUAUACAACCCGGCAUCAGGGACAUUUACGAUCGCCCCACCGAAUGGCAGCGGUUCAAUAGGUCAACCAGGAAUUGGAUCACCAGGUUCUCCUGAAUUGGUAUACGACCCGGCAUCUGGGACAUUUAUCAUCGUCCCACCGCAUCUCAGCGGUUCAAUAGGUCAACCAGGAGUUGGACAACCCGGAGUUGGACAGCCAGGGACUGGACAACCAGGAACUGGACAGCCAGGAACUGGACAACCAGGAGUUGGACAGCCAGGGACUGGACAACCAGUGAGUGGACAACCAGGAAGUGGUCAGCCAGGAGUAAUAUACUACCCUAAAGUCAUCCAGUCACCAGAGGACCAGCAACCGUCAUCAGCACCUGGUGGAUCACCAGGCAUAAACUACAUCCCCGAUCCAUCCCGUCCACAGGAUCACUCAGGAAAUCCAGGAGGUGUCAUCUACCCCGGAUUCCCAGGGAUUCCAGGGGUUCAGUGGACUCAGGGAACUCCAGGGGUCCAAUGGAGUAAGGGAACUCCAGGGGUUCAAUGGAAUCAGGGAACUCCAGGGGUUCAAUGGAAUCAGGGAACUCCAGGAAGUCCUGCAACAGCUUCAGGAUGUCCUCCCUGCCCUCCGUGUCCUUUGUGCUCUGGAAAUUCGUUGGAAUACCCUCCCUUGCUCACUAUUUACAGACAAGCAAUUGAUCGACAGAGGGCAAUGAUCAAUUCUGCAUUGAAUUCCAGGAUGUCGAUGACCGCUGGAUUAACACCCAAAAAUUCGGGGGUUACCUGGAAUUCCACGAGUGGAAUUGAUAUCAAGGGUCCUGGAGGUGCUUCCAAUUCAGCGGGUGGGAUAGAACUUAAAAUUACUAGUGGAGUUGAUUCAAAAAAUCCAGGAGUCAACACUUCUGAUAAAGGAAUAACUGCGACGGCUGGAGUAAAUUCCGGAACUCCUGGAGUCACCAUCACUUCAGGGAAUGGAAUAACUCCGACGGCUGGAGUGAAUAUCGGGAUUCCUGGAGUCGCCAUCACUUCUGGGCAUGGACUAACUCCGACAGCUGGAGUGAAUAUCGGGACUCCUGGACUCACCAUCACUUCUGGGCAUGGACUAACUCCGACAGCUGGAGUGAAUAUCGGGACUCCUGGAGUCUCCAUCACUUCUGGGAAUGGAAUGACUGCGACAGCUGGACUGAAUCUCGGAACUCCUGGAGUCGUCAUGUCAACGACAACUGGAGUAAAUCCCGGAAGCUCUCGAGUCUUCAUGACUCCCACGAAUGAACUGGAUCCCAGAAAUUCUGGAGUCUUCAUGUCUCCCAUGGCUAGAGUGCACAUCAGGAGUCCUGGAGUCGGCAUGACUGGAAUGGAUCCCAGGGGUUCUGGAAUUGUUAUGAAUUCUGUAGGUGGACCUGUUGAUCCCAAUCAGCCCUAUACCAUCAAGUACACAACACAAGUACUCAGCUCCUCAGGUCAGCCGAUGAGUCACGAGAGUCACGUUGUCAGUGAAACUGAUGGAAAGAAUUCCUCGAAAUCAUUGAUCAUUCCGCAGGUUCAGGAGAGAUGCCAAGAGCAUCAGAGCCAGCCGAUGGUGUACCCUCCCCAAGCCCAUACCUACAAAUUCGGUGUAGACGGAAGAGCGAAGCAGUGGGUGAGAUCAACAGAUCAGAACGAGGAGAGUGGGGAUGCCGAUGUGGCACACCAGGACACCGAGGGUGGGAUAAACGAGGGCUCGGGUAAUCCUGCACCGAGUCCGAUGAGAACAGCUGGUGCUGGACGUCCACUACGAGAUGAGAAUGACGAAUCCACCGUGCAGAUGAGCAUCAUCGGACCUGGGGGACGAUCACUGCCCCACCAACCCAAGGGGGAGGCCCAGCAAGCCGUCGACAAGCGAGAGGAACUCGCCAAACGACAGGCCAACCCCUCUGCUAACAACAUAAAAUAAUUCUCCCUCUUUUUUAAUGUUUAUUUAAAAUUAUAUCUUUUUGUAUCGAUUUUUUCAUUAACAUAAAGUUAAGAUCAUUAUA